AUGGGCUGCAUUCCCUCCUCCUACUCCGCUCCCGCACCAGGCCUUCGCGACGCAGGUGUCGGAGAUCCAAGGAUUGCAAAUGAUAAAAUCGAUAGCGAGCGCAAAGCCCGCAAGACACGAAGGCGUCGACGCGGCAAUGCUGGAGCUUUCGCUGCGAUGGGUGGUGCUGCAGCGGCUAGAAGAAUGUUGGGGUUGGUGGGCAUGGUGUUUGAUAUGUGCUGA